AUGUCAGCAUUUCUCAAUUUCUACGCUACUUCCCUGAAAAAAAACCCCAAGACCACCAAUGCCAUCAUGACUGGGUCUCUGUUCGGGCUGGGAGAUGCAAUCGCACAAGUGAGCUUCCCGACCCAAAAAGCAGACCCUACGAAGCCAAAUGGCAAAUCAGACUCUCGCGGCUAUGACAUCGCGAGAACCGUACGCGCAAUAACUUACGGAUCGCUUAUUUUCUCCUUUAUCGGUGACAAAUGGUUCAAAACUUUGAAUGGAAAAGUCAAGUUCGCAAACAAGCCGGCCAAUCACUGGUCAAAUUUACUUCUCCGCGUCGGAACUGAUCAGCUUCUGUUCGCGCCGGCGUGUAUUCCAUUUUACUUUGGUGUCCUCACGCUAAUGGAGGGCGAGUCUCUGCAGAAAGCCGACCAGAAGAUCCGUGCCGUGUGGUGGGACAUCCUGAAGACCAACUGGAUGGUUUGGCCAGCUUUCCAACUCGUCAAUUUCUCGCUAGUCCCACUCCAGCACAGGCUCUUGGCGGUCAAUAUGCUGGCCAUCUUCUGGAACACUUUUCUGUCUUUUCGAAACUCCGAGGCCAGCAAUAAGGACCAUCAGUUGCCAGUGGAGUACCCACCUGUUCCGGAAUGA